AUGAAGGAUUGCAAGGAUGAAGAAAUUGUUCCAAGAGAUGUCAAAGCAAGAGCCAUAGAAUUGGUUGAGGGCCAUAAACAUUUAACCUUGGGAAUCAACAAGAUGCCAAAGAAAUAUCAAAUCACCAUUCAUCGAAAACGACUACAAGAAGCAGCAGCGUUUAUCAGUCAAGUAAAAGUAGUGUUUAAAGAUAACAAUGAAAAAUAUUUUGAGUUUAUACAAGUCAUGAUGGAUUUCAAGAAUAAAAAAACUGAUACAUUAGGUGUCUUUGAAAUGGUGAUUAAGGUGUUUAAAGGACAUACCGAUUUACUUUUGGAAUUCAACAGUUUCAUGCCAGCAGGAUCUCUAUUAUCAAAACAAGCUUCCUUAGUUCCAUUGUAUCAUGAUCAUAAACAAGUUCAUCAAUUAGUGAUAAAAGAUGCAUUUCUCAAUAAAGUCAAACUUGUGUUUCAAGAUAACAUGGAAAUAUAUUUCAAGUUUUUACAAGUCAUCAAUGAUCAUAAGGCUCAAGGAAUUGACAUAAGAGGUGUAGUGGCAAUAGUGAAAGAGCUGUUUAAAGGGCAUAAAAAUUUAAUUUUGGGAUUCAAUGCCUUCUUGCCAAAGGAAUAUAAAAUCAAACUUAUUACAUUUAAGCUUCAUGGGAAAAGAGUGAAGAAGGUAGCAGAGAACGGUGAACUUCCUUGGGAUGUCCUUGAUAUAAUUUCGAAAACUCUAGAUAUCGAUGACCACUUCGAAUUUGCUUGUGUGUGCAAGAAUUGGAGGGCAUUUCAUAAAAUGUAUUGGAGAUCGGCAUUCGAAGAACCACUAGUUGUUCAUAAGUCUUCCUAUGUUAAUAAAUCUUAUUCCUUUACCAGCAUAUCUAACCAAAAAGAUUAUCAAUCAAAUAUGAUCAAUUAUUACUGGCACUUUGCUUAUUCUGGAUCUUCUAGUGGAUAUUUGAUCAUGACAGGGAACAAUAAUUCAUUUAUGCUAAUCAAUCCAUUUACUAGAAGAAAGAAGGUAAUCAAUACCUCAACCUUUAAAGUAAAAUUUUCUUAUUUUGCCUACCAUGUCUUACUUGCUUUUCGAAAAGGUUCCGAUGAGGAAUUUGUUUUACUGGCUUUAUGUAAAAGUUCCAACAGUUUGCAUGUCUAUCAAUCUCGAAAUGUUGAUUGGGUUACUUGUUCUGAAAUGGGAUAUCCAUGGACGACGAUUGUUGACUUCGUUGUUUUGCAUAACACUAUAUAUGUUGUCACCGACAAAGGCAACAUAGGGGUACUCAAUUUAAAUUCUGUAAAUAUAGAAUUUAUAGAAAUGCAGAGUAGUAUUCUCAGUUUAACUUCUUCGUCACGCCUAAGGUUGGUUAGUUGUGAUGGACAACUUUUUGUGGUUCAUACUAAACCCAAAGUAGUGUUUAAUGUGUACAAGGUUGACUUCUCAACUAUGAAUUAUGUCGAAUUGGAAAAUUUAGGUGACAUUGCAUUAUUUUAUGCUCCUGGCGGAAACUACUACGCAUUAAGUAACCCAAACAUAUGGGGUUAUGAAAGGAACUCAGUGUAUUCCAUCGAUCAUUCAACUCGAAAAUGCACGGUGUAUUUAGGGGAUGAUCACAAACUGCCAGAAUACACUUAUUAUGAUAAUAGACUUCAAGCUCCUCCUCCUCCUAAUGAAAGACCCUCCUUGUUGGACUGGUAUUUUAGAGAUCUACACUACGAGGUAGACUAUGAUCUCUAGUUUGUAUGGUUUAUUAUGAUCUUUGUGUUUGG